AUGUUCGGGAUGUUCUCGGUAGGGGCAGACCUAUUGGCCAUGCUGUGUAGCGCGGAGAGGAUCCGCUGGUUUGCGAAGCGGCGGAGGAAGCUGGACGAGUACGAGAACUACGAGAAGCCGGUGAGCGCAAAGGCAUGGAAGCACCUUGAGAUGCGAGGUGGCUUCUUCGAGCACAGCUUUCAGGACAUGUCCCCCGGGGAAGUCUCGGACACGGUGUUCUUUGCAUCUAAGAUGGGUGUCGAGGCCACUGGGUUCUGGUCCCGGGCCUCUCUGGCAAUGGGGGACUUGGCCAGUGCCAUGACGGCACGACAGCUCUCCACAGCCUGCUAUGCGUUCGGUGCUGUGAAGUGGCACGACGAAGACAUGGUCCGCGCCAUCGCGGAGUCGGUCAUCAAGCAAGCCCCGAACAUGAAGCCCGCGCUCCUGGCGGCGGUGGCGCAAUCCUUUGCCCGGAUGAGGGUCCGCAACCUCCCGGCCCUGCGAGCGGUGUCGCAGGCGGUGCGGAACUCCCAGCGCUUCAACGACAAGGGCCUGUCCAUGGUGGCCAAGAGUUUCGCCGAGCUUGAGUUCCGCUGCCCGGACUUCUUGGAAGCCUUGGACACCUGGGCCGCCGGGGCGGAGAUCCGCAAGCUGGAGCCCUGCCUCGACUUGCUGCAGAGCCUGGCUGCGUUUGCCGCACUGGAGGGUUCCCUCAGAUGGCCCUCCCCGAAGCCCUUUGGCCAGCUGGCUCCUUCCCUGGCGCCCGUGGCCGUUCGCGAGCUCGCAGGGUUGCUGGGGCGACGGGUGAAGGAGUUGGAGCCUUCACAGCUGCACACUGCGGCCCUGGCUAUGGGAAAGCUGCGCGUGCAGGACCUGGUGGUCUUGGAGGCCUUCCAGAGAGAGAUCCUGGCAGACCUGAGCCGUAUGCACGCGAACUCCCUGCCGCCAGUCUUGGAGUCCUUCGCCAUGUGCUACGAGGCGCUUCGGCUAAGUGGCCAGGACUCGGAAAACACAUCCGUCCACCAGGAGCGGGAGCGCUUCCUCGUGCAGCUCAGCAGCCGUAUGGCGCGGGAACUGAGGCUGCUGCGGCCCCAAGACGCCAGCCGCGUGUUGCAGGCCAUCGACCGCCUGGGCCUCAUCGAUCCCAAGCUGCUGGCCACAGCCGCUGCUCUGGUCCCUCCGCGCCUGGACGCCUACACCUCGCCCGAGCUGCUGGCUCUCCUGAAAGCCUAUGCAUCCGCCAGCAAUGCGGAUGGCUUCAUGGUUCCAUGCUUGCGGCGGGCCCUUCUUCCUCUGCCAGGAGCUGAGGAGAGAUUGCAAGAGCUGGACGACACGCAAGUGGUGCAAGCGGCCGGCGCCUUUGCGUCGCUUGGCCACGCGCCUGGCCUGGUGGCAUUACUGGCCGCGUUACGGGAGCCAUUGCUCCCCCGCGCCACGGGGCACAGGGCACACGGGGCACGCGGGGCGCGACGGCGCCAGGUCGAUGCGACGGGUUCCGCCGGCUCUCAGCCGGCAGCGCGGCACUUGGUCCCUGCAUGCCAGCUGGCCUUGGCGACUCUGGUGACAAUGGAACUCCCAGAUAAGCAGAGCUGGGCCACUGCGGCUGCUGCAGUUUUGCAGGGGGCCGGCAAAGAGGCCCCGAAGCAUCAACAUGGUGCUUCGCUUCUGGAACGCCUCACGCAGUCCAUAGAAACCGCAGAGGAUCUUUGGAGGUCGGCAGCCAAGCUCUCCCUCUACUCUGGCGACGAGCUGAUCCUGGCUUACAUGGGCUUUCCAGGACAUGGUGGCCGGGCCGUUUGGUGUGAGGAGCUUUCGGCGAGGAUGGCAGAGGUCAGCCUCUCGCUCUUGCCCGGCUUCCUACGCCACUCGGCCGAGGCGGAGGUGGGAGAACUGGGAGCUCCCCGCACCCCGCACACGCUCCCGUCUCUACACCCGCCACCUGCAGAGCCAUCACCCUCUGAAGUGAAGGCCAGGGAGCAGGCCGAGAAGGUGCUGCUGGAGCGGCUCACCCAGCCCGACCACAAGGAGCUGCAGGAGCUGCCUCCCUUGGUCAUCGUGGCCCUCUUCCGUGUCUUGGAGCUUGCAGCCCGACGCGUCGGCCAUAAGCCGAAGCUGCCACUGUGGGCGCCAGCGCCGGCAGAGCCCCGCGACCCGGCGGAGUCACCGGAGUACCCCUUGCAGGUCAUCCACCGUGCAACCGCCCCGCUUCUGCUGCGCCUGGCAGUGCUGGCGCAGGACCAGCAACUCACCGCCAAGGUCUGCGUGCGCAUUCUGCAGAGCAUGAAGGUUCCGAAAGUUCAGUCCUUGCUAGCAGACCCAACUUUCUGCGCUGACAUCCAUUUUUACGCUGUCCACGGGGGAUGCUGGGGCACAGCCCCACACCGCGACCACCCACAGCUCUUCUGGGCCCAGGUGUCUGCGGCUCUUUUGAUCUUGUGCCCUCUGGCGGCCACCAUCUGGACACCCUGGCGCAAUGGGUGUGGGCUCGGAGGCACGUGCUCUUUCGGUGUGCAGCUCUCGAUGGCCAUGGCCGUGCCCCUGAGCAUGGCGAACCACCUGGGCCAUGCAGUUGCGCGGUGCUGGAUUCCUUUGCUGCAGAAGCUGGACAGAACCACCAUCGCCCUGGGAUGCGUGGUUGGCGCCUGGGCCCUCUCCCAAGACGCCUUAUUCACAACGGGGUCUGCUUUACUGACCGCGACUGUCAUCAUCAUGAUGUGGUUUGGCAGCCCGCGCUACCGCGACAGCGAAGUCCUGGCUUCGAGCCUGGUGGCUGCGUGCAUUCUCUAUGGGCUCCUACCCAUGGUGUUCUACCGAGAAACGCUGGAUCACUGCCUAUGGCCUGCUGCGGGCGCCAUCCUUUUUGGCUUCGCGCUCUUCCAGUUUGAUCCACUGGGCGUUUGGACGGAUUCCGUCUGGCACCUCGUCCUGAUCCCCUACGCCCACUUCUGCUCGCUGUCGGCUGUGCGGAUGGACCAGCGGCUGUAUGCGCAGUGCCUGACCACCUAG